AUGGUGACAUGCUCCUCUUUGUACGACGCCUUCCUCGAUAACAAGGCUCUCAUUCUCACCAACAUCUUUCGAUACAAAAUCGACCCUAGCCUAAUGCAAGAUGCCCUGACCACGUUGCAGUCCUCUCGAGUCACUUUCCGGAAGAGAGAGGCAGCCAUUGAUCUUGUGGCAGACUACAUCACUCUUGUCGACAUCUCUAAACAUGUAGCCGAGCCUACGAUUGGGCGGGGAAACCGCAAAGCCCGUUUCGUUAAGGACUGGAGUAAUCAGGACCUUGUUAAUGGUUGCCUCUCGUUCGGUCCAGCAUACCUCCACCGACCUCGUUCUCGCAAAGACGUACAACGAACGCAACCAGAUUCUAUCCGGUCAGCCGUUCACCAAUGGAGAUUCCGUCCUCGCUUUCAGCGUUCAAAGUGGAGGAAAAUGCUUGAUCACUCCAUAAGUCACAGAUGA